AUGGCUGCGGCAGGGAGCACCACCGCAGCGGACGCGUUGGCGGCGUCCAGAGCGGAGAGUGAUAGGAAUCUGAAGCAGAAGCAGGAGGAGGAUUUGCUGCUGAAGGGCUUCCUUGCCGAGGUCAGCGAGGUUGAGAGGGAUAACGAGGUCAUCAGGUGUGAGCUGCCCUCCUUUUUGUUUCUUUGCUGAACGGAUGCCGUCCAUUUCGUCUAAUCUCUCCGACGUAACUGAUUUUACUCUCGAUUUUGCUUCUCGUCUUCCUUCGUCUUGGUGCCGUGUGCUUUGAGUUCUCCUUUUGUUUUUGGGUUCGAUAUAUGCGUUGGUUGUGUAACGAUGGAAAAAAUAUUGAGUUGUACCCGUAAUUUCCCGGUGAUUUUCACUGCGUCGGCCAUCGGUCCUCUUGGAAAAUCUCAACGACAAAUUGCCUUGAAAUUCUAUGGCAGGCAUUUUGGAGAAUCCUUUUUUUCUUUUGUUGGAGCUCUAUUCUGCUGUGAGGAUAGGCUUGUAACUAUUGUUUAAUACCCAGGCGACCAGAUGCACAUUGUUCGAUGGAAUCACAAUUUUUAGCUACUUCUAUCACAUUUAUUACAGAAACCUUGAAAAUGCACGUAAGUUUCCCCUUGGUGUUGCUUUUUGGGAAACUGAUUAUAUGAAACAGUACCCAUUUCGGUGAUGAGAAUAUGUUUCUGACGCCUGUGGUGAAUGUAGCCUUUCUCCAUGGAUGUUGGAAAACCUGUUGGGAAAUGUCUGCUGCUGACCUUUAUGAGGAACUAAUUAUUAAUUCACGGAAGUUUUGGUCGUUAAUAAAUGGAUCAAGCCUAUUCUUGGAUUUCUCCUUCACCAGUAAGUGCAAUAAAAACUUGGAAAACGCUUUUUAAGUGUGGAUGAAUGAGAAAUUAUUCUUCACAUCCCAAUGUCUGACAAAAGUAGCUGAGAACUAUCUUGCUAGAUGAUGGUCUUUCUAUUCUCUAUUACUAUCGCAAAAUUCUCACCCUGGUUCCAGACAUAGGCCUCGUCUUCACCUAAAAGUUUUUGAGCAAUGGAAUUGUUAUAAAUUUGAAAUAAGUCCUAGCCAUUGUAGCAUGCAUACUUGAGCUCGUUAUCACAUACCUAUCUUGUCAAUAAAUUAGGAUUGUUUAACAGAUUUUCUUUGGAAACUGCAGGAUACUUUCAUGCUUUAAAUUAAAUCCUUUUGAGCAUCUAAACCUGUCAUUUGAUUCCUCAUUGGAUGAUGUGAAGAGGCAAUACCGAAAGGUCAAGUAACUUUUUCUUUUCUUUCCAUCAUUGUGUACUGAUGUUGAACGUAAUUGUGUACUUUUUCCUGCUCAUAUUACCUUAUGGUUAAAAUAUUAAAACUUGCAGUUGUCAUUGCUUGUUCACCCUGAUAAAUGCAAGCAUCCACAAGCUAAGGAGGCCUUCGGAGGUAUUGUGUCUAACUGUUACAGAGAUUCUUAUGAGUGAUCAAAUGUAAAUAUCAUUUUCCAAACGACAUAUCAUUUCAACUGAUUUGCAGAAAUCUAGUAGAUUUAUUACAAAAUUCAAGGGCGAUAAAAAAAGCAGCUCAUCCAAAAAUAGGAUGUCAUUACCUGAUGUAUGGAUCAUUGGGAAGUAGGAUUUUGCAUUCUGUGAAAAACAUGAGACCAAUACAUUGACCUUUUUCCAUGUAGUUUCUUUUCUGCAUGUAGUUUCUUGACUAAGCCAGGUAAUGGAAUCGUCCAAUACAUUGACCUUUUUCCAGAGAGGAAUAUUUUUCCAAGAUGUCUAUCUUAGAGUCCAUUUCCAUCAAACUUCAAUUCCAUAUUCUUUAAAUGAAAUAGAGAGAAUUCUUCUCAGCCUUUGAGAGUUUGCUUUCCUUAACUUAUUCAAUUGUUGAAGUUUUUGACAACUUUUUGGGGGAAUAUAAAAUCUUCUAUUACGUUCUGUCACCAUUAUUGCAGCCCAAUAAAUAAUUAUGCUUUUUUAUGAUUUUUUUUAUAAUUAUAAGCCUUUUGUGCUUUAUUUUUUAAUAAAUCAUUUUGUGUUCCAUCUGAAGCGUCUUCUUUCUUGUAUAUGUUUAGUAAUGAUAUAUGUUGAUUGAAAGCUGUGUGUGUGGCAGCUUUAGGGGAAAAUCUUUCAUUGUAGACUGUCAGCUUUAGCCCAAUUGAUGCUCUUUGUACAAUUAUUUUAUUAAUUUAAAGCUCUUUUUUGUUUUUUAUUAAAAAUAAGUUUGUAUUUCACCUUAACCAACUUUUUUCUUGUUUAUUUUAACCAAUGAUAGUUCUUGAUUACCAAUUAUAUAUGUGUCAGCUUUGGCUAAAGCUCAGCAGUUGCUACUGGAUUCCCAGGAAAGAGAAUAUCUUAUAAGCCAAGUCAAUUCUGCAAAAGGUAACACAAAUUGUAACUUUAAUGCUCUUUGUUCCACCAAUUAUUUGUAAGAAUUGCAAUUUUUAUUAUGUCCUUUUAAAAUAUCUUAAUAACUUCAUUCUAUGAUGCCUCAAUCUUCUUUUUGAAGUGCAUUAAAGUUUCCCAGACAUUACGGACAUUAAUAAUGUACCCAAAAUGCGUCAAUUAAGAAUAUUUUGCCAAUGGAAGACAUUAGUAUCGUAAGGAUGUGGUAAGAUCUUCUGAGGACUAUACUGAUAAUUAAAACUUCUGUAAUGGUCUUUGUUGGGCCAUGUCUACAAUUUAAGGGACAGUAAGAGCAUAUCUAAAAUGGAAUGUGUAAUUGUUGUUGAGAUGCUACUAAUAAGGCCUUUCCUAGGACCAUCUUUACAAUCAUAGAAAUGUUUGGGGCUAGAUUUAUGAUCAAUUAUAUUAUCACUUUAGAGUUGACCUGUAAAGGUCCAUUACAGCUGGACUUAUAUUCUAUAGCUGAAGGUCUAGGUGUAGUCAAUGUGCCUGAAGGGUCUGUUUUGAUUUGAUCUUAAAAUCGAGUGGACUCGUGCAUCAUUUUGAAAUUAGAGGCAUACUCAUGGAGCAAGUCACUAUUGCCUGUUCCACUAAAUCAGAGAGUAUCAGACAACCUUGUAAGUAAAAAGGGAUGUUUUGAAGUACAAAAGUGUCAUACAAGCUAGGAUUUCGUUAUUGUAGUAUCUUCUUCUAUUUGGGCCCUUAAGUGAAUCAAUUAUGGACUACUUAAUGGGCUUUCCCUUUCUUUCUUCAAAAUAAAAGGGCUUGGCCCACUAUAGAUGUAACUAGUAUUUUAAACCGGUGUAGAGGUGAAUUGAAGUAAGACUUUUCGUGAAUCUACUCCAAUGGGAUUUUCUAGGCGACUCCAGUGAGAAGGGAGGGCGAAGACCUGAUCAAGAAGAUCAAGAUCCUGGUUUGACAUGGUAUUAGAGCUGGUCAAGGUGUGAAGCAUCGCAAGGACAAGGACAUGCCUUCCAGCAAUUGGAAGCAAGCAUUCGGGAGGUCAGUUGAGAGCAAUUCUUGAUUUCAAGAAUCAAGAAACAGGAGAUGUCAAUGGGGCAAGAAACUUCUGCCUCCAACUCAGUCAUGACAGCAAUUGUUGGUGGCUGAGACAAGACAAUGUAUGCGCUGCUAGGUAUGCAUGAGCGCUUGAAAUUUAAUCGUAUCAAUCUGUACAAAUGGGAGAAAUUUGUGGAGUUAACUUUCCUUGGGAGAGGUUUUUCGGAGCAUCUAAUUGAUGAUCCUAUUGGUAUGAAUGAUCUGAAUUACAAAAUUUGGAAAUACGAGGAAGCCCUUAUUCAUUCAUGGCUUCCUGGAACCAUGACAACAAAUAUGUGUGAUAACUUUCUUUAUAUGGUUACUGUGAAAGAAUUGUGGAGUGAAGUCCACAAGAAUUGCUCUAAACAGCAGAAUGAUUGAAAGAUCUAUAGGCUGAAUUCCAAAAUAGUGAGGGUAAUACAAGGGGAGAAGACAAUCAUGGAGUUAUCAUGUGAGUUGAAGGGUAUAUGGCGUGAGAUUGAUCAUUAUUGGCCUAUGACGAAUCCUCACUUUGAAGAAAGAAAUUACAUAUUGAAGCAGAGAAUGUUUACCUUCCCAAUGACUUUCAAUCCAAAAUAUGAGAGUCUUUGGAGUUAGAUCCUAGAGAGAGGGCACCAAAUUUGGAUGAAGCCAUCGGUAUUUUUAUGGAGGAAGAGACUGUGUCUACUCUCAGAUCCAUCAAGGCCUAGCCCAAUUGCGUUUUUCACCAAGAAAACUGAAAAAAAAUUAAGCCAAGAAGUUUAGCAAGAUAAGAAGAAUUCAACUAAUCAAGGAUAGAGGGCCGCAAAUGACUAUAAGGAUAGUCUUUGGUGUUCUUUUUGCAAAUGCAAAAGACAUACUAGAAAAACCUGUUGGAAGUUGCACGGUAAGCCCUAACAAAAUCGAAAGGUAUAUGUUGCCACUUCGCAAAGUCAUGAAGGUGGAGAACAAGGGUAGUUGAAGGAGCAAACAGGAGAGCCUGCUCAUGAAUGUGGGGGGGAACUUAUGGAGAUAACGGAAGAACUAGAUUGACUCAAAAACAUGUUGAGUUCUACUUCAUUUGCAUGCUCAGGUGAAAACAAAGUAUUUUUCAAUAAUGCUAUUAGAAUACAUUGGAUUAUUGAUAUUGGUGCCACAGAUCACAUGAUACCAAAUAUCUCCAGAUUCAUUAAUUAUUUAAUGAUAAAUAGGUCACAUAAGGUCCUUACAGUUGGUAAGAAGGCUGUGGGGUGUAAAUGGGUAUAUACCCCGAAAUUCAAUAUAGAUGGGUCGCUUGAAAGAUAUAAGGCAUGAUUGGUCGCAAAAGGCUAUACUCAAUCAUAUGGGAUUGACUAUCUCGAGACCUUUGCUCCAGUUUUUAAGGUUAACAUCGUGAGAAUAUUGAUUUCUCUGGCAGCUAAGUUGAAUUGGGAAAUACAUCAAUUUGAUAUCAAAAAUACAUUUCUACAUGGAGAACUGGAAGAAGUCUACAUGACUAUACCCCCAGGAUAUCUACUAUUCAAUCAAUCAGGAGUGGCUUGUAGACUAAAUAAAGCCCUCUAUGGUCUCAAACAGUCUCCUCGAGCUUGGUUUGAGAGGUUCACCAAGACAAUGAAAAGUCAAGGAUAUAAACAGAAUAAUGCAGAUCAUACUUUGUUCAUCAAACAUAAUUCGUGUGGAUGUAUGACUAUAUUAAUUAUAUAUGUCAAUGAUAUAUUGUUCACAGGUGAUGACAAAAAUGAAAUCCAAAAUUUGAGUUAAAACCUCUUACAAGAGUUUGAUAUUAAGUCUCUUGGGAGAUUAAGGUAUUUUCUUGGUAUUGAGGUGGCACACUUGAAAGAAGGUAUCUUUAUUUCUCAACAUAAAUAUACUGUUAAUCUCCUUCAAGAAACUGGACAACUUGCUUGUAAACCAACAGUCACACUAGUGGAUAUAAAUGUGAAACUUGGAGCAGGAGGUGACAGUCCUCCAAUAAAUGAGGGUUCCUUCCAAAGGUUGAUUAAAAAAUUGAUUUAUCUGAAUCAUACCAGACAAGAUGUGGCAUGUUGUGAGUUCCUUGAGUCAAUUCAUAAAUGACCCAAGAGAAAUUCACUUAUAGGCAGCAUAUCGUAUUCUAGAAUAUUUGAAGAAUGCUGUAGGACAAGGCCUAUUAUUUUCACGAGGUGGUGAUAGUACUGUAUAUAUACAGACACAGGUUAUGUAGGAUCAGUAAGUGACAAGAGGUCGACAUCUGGAUGUUGUUCCUUCAUCGGUGGAAAUCUAGUCUCAUGGAGAAGUAAGAAGAAAAAUGUGGUGUCUAGAUCUAGUGCAGGAGCUAAGUUUAGAGUUAUGGCUCAAGGUAUAUGUAAAGCAAUAGAGAUAAAAAUACUAAUUGAAGAUCUACAUCUGUAUUCUCAAGGUUGUAUCAAGUUGUACCAUGACAAUCAAUCAGCUAUCGCCAUUGCCCCUAAUCCAGUCCAGCAUGAUAGGACAAAGCAUAUUGAAUUAGAUCACCAUUUUAUCAAGGAAAAUAUUAAAGAAGGGAUGAUAAACUUGUUGUUUAUCAAUUCUUUUAAUCAAGUGGCAGAUAUAUUCAUCAAAGGGGCUGCCAGGACCAACUCUACAGAAGCUUGUAUUCAAGUUGGGCAUGUCUAACAUCCACACCCAACUUUUAGGGUGGUGUUAGACAAGCUAGGAUCUCAUUAUUGUAGUGUCUCUCUUCUAUUUGGACCCUUAAGUGAGUUAAUUAUGGACUACUUAAUGGGUUCUCCCUUUCUUUCUUCAAAAUAAGAGGGCUUGGCCCACUAUAGAUGUAACUGGUGUUUAAACUGGUGUAGAGGUGAUUUGAAUUAAGACCUUUCGUGAAUCUAUUCUAAUGGGAUUUUCUAGGCGGCUCUAGUGGGAAGGGAGGGUGAAGACUUGAUCAAGAAGAUCAAGAUCCUGGUUUGACAGAAAGUUAAGAAACGGAGCUCUUCCUUAUCCAUGAGAGCACAGUUGGAGAAAAAGUUGAAAAAAAUAUGUGAUCAAGGAGAUGGCUCACCAAUGUUGGCUGUCUGCAUCUUACUCUCUGUCUUGCAUGAUUGCUGACGUCUAUGGAGGAAAGGUAGGGGCUAAGGAGGUGAAAGAGCCCCAUCUUCCCCCUCUCGUCAAUUAGCCCUCAUUUUCAUAGCUUGUCCUAUCAUCUCUCUCUCCACAGAGCUCACGCAUGUUGUUUCCUUCAUCCUUCUAGAAGCAGCCAUGUUGUAGUACUCUCCUAUUCUCCAUGUAUUAUCUGUAUAUAUAUUUACCUAUCUAUAUAUUUAAGUGCCUGGGGAAGAUAUAUGUUCUCUUCGUCCCAGAGUCACAAAAUUAUUUGCAUAUUAUCAAGUAUUCUAUCUUCGUCCAUGUAAGAGUCUUAUUAUUUAUUUUUCGUACCACAGUACGUUUAACCUGUGUGAAGAAUCGACGUUUUGACUAUUCUUGUGUCAUUUUAUUAAUGAAAUUCUUCUACCUGGACAUAAUGGUUGAUUUUUUAUAAUGCAGAAGAACUACGAGUAAAGAGAAAGAGGCAGUUGAAAAAAGACAAUGCCUCUAAAAUAAAAUCAUUGGUUGAUGAGGUAAGAUUUGUAUACACCUGACAAUUAUUGCUCAUAAGUUGUCUCCCUGGUUUGCUUUCUUGCGAAUAGGAAUAUUUGGAUUCAUAUUUCGAAGAUCUUUUCAUAUGAAUCAAUUACUUUAAUUUGUGAUCAACUCAAAAAAUUAUUUUUACUUUGAUUCAAGUUUUGUAAACUUUUAUUCUCAUUUAACUUUGAUUCAAGUUUUGUAAACUUUUAUUCUCAUUUAACUUUGAUUCAAGUUUUGUAAACUUUUAUUCUCAUUUAACUUUGUCCACAAGUUCCAAAGUUUCUUGGUAUAUGCUCGAUUUCUGGUUUUCCUUGGUCCAGUUAAGCUGUCUUGUGAAUGUAUGUAUCCCAUAUCAGUUGAUCUUCCUCUUCUACCUCCAAGAGAAUUAUUUGAUUGUCAGAUUUCCCUGUUGUUCUCUUGUAUUUUAUGGCUUGACCUUCUCGGCGUUUACCAAUGUUGGCUCAAUCCAUCUUCUAUAUAUGAAUGAGGCACUGACACCAUGUGCAGAAAGUAGCAGUUAUGUUAGGUGUUUAGAUCAUCUAACCCGCUUUAUGGUCAUGUAAUUUCCUACCUAUCAAACAGGAUCAAACCUGGAUCAAUUUGUUUACCAGUGGAGAGGUUAUCAUAUUUAAAGGGGUUCGAGGACAUCUUCUUUGCAUUCCCUCUCUUGCUAUAUAUGCCCAACUCCUACCGUCAAUACCCUCCGGGUGAUAGAUCUGCAAACUUCCUCAGCUAAUGAUUCUUUUCCAAAUAUCUGAUGUUAACCUCUUUUCUGUAAUUAUUGUUUUCCCCUGUUUUCUCUUUACCUUUUCUCAGAAAUUAACUUCGUUCUUUUUUUUCUCUCUCAUUUAUUCAAUGUUUCCCUUAUAUAUGUUAACAUCAUUGGCGCUAAAUCUCCCAUUAUGAUUUUUUUCACCUGGGUGUAACUCUCUAUUCCCUUCUUCCCAUUGUUAUCCUUCUCCAAAUCUCAGCUGGACUUAUUCACUAUCCUUCAAUAAGUCUGGGGUUUGUAGGAACUGGUUAAACCAUCAAACUGAAGCAUGACCAGUUCUAUUCUCUGUUAAACUCUGUUGGAUUGACAAACGAUUCUUUUUUGCUGUCCUCCUUUUCUUCUGGUUCAGGGUGUGAGUUUAACUUGAUUUUUUGAGUUUAUGUCAUGCACUUGUCUCGUUUCAGGUUUGUAGUUUUGUGGGGUCGUUAUGUUUGUAGAUGGUGAAUCAAAGACGGAUAUCCGUUACUUGAAUGCUUCUGGAACUGAACGCUGAUUUUGCCAGCAUAAUCACUGUUAUUGAGUUGCAUCUAUGUUGCAUGACUCUGAAGGGAUCAACCAGCCUGUAUCUUAGCUAUCUUCUGGUGAAAUUUGUUUCACUUCAACAGUCUUUGGUGUGCAUGUAUGAAAGGAAAUAUUUGCUGUGAAAUCUACCUUACGAACCUAUCCAGCAUUACUAUUCUCCAUAACACUCUGAGAAGUUCAUUUCAGAAUACGUUUAAGGUAGAUCUCAUCAAGUAUUUGCAACUUUUAGGAACGGUUUGCAGUUUGCAUAUUUUAAGGUAAGGGGGAAAAUGUAUUUGGAGCUGUUUGACUUGUGUGGGAAGGUGAGACUUAUAUUAUAGCCUAUAAUAUGGCUUCACGAGCGAAAUAAAUGUGAGAAGAGAAUGUAAUUCUUCAGACAUUAGUUUCCCUACAUUGAGAUAGUUUCUAAUGGGUAUUAGUUUCAUGCUGAUCUUUCAUUUUCUGGACAGUUAGGUUGUGUUACAUUAUGUUUCUUGGAUUGGCUUUCAAGAUUAAUUGGAAAUUCUCAGUCCUUGUGGUUGCUCUCAGAGGACAUGUUUAUGUCAAAGAUUAUAGCUUCCAUAUUACUAGUGUGUGGAAUUUUAAAUGUUUGAUGCAUCUUCUCAUGCCAAUGAAUUUGACGAAGUCGUCACCUCCUCGCUUAAGAGUGAUAAAACUUUGGUUGUCAAUAGUGACACAUGGCAUUGGAAUGGAUGUGAUAAUGAAGUUCUCUUCUGAUGUAUCACAUCUUCAUCUACUCGGAGAUAAGAUUGCAUCCAAAUGUUAAAUAAUCUUGCUGAUGGGGAUGGUUGAAACUAUAUUGCAAAACAAUGCGAUUUGAGAACAUUAAUUCUUUUUGAAGGCUGUGCAGAGUAGCGAGUAUCUUGGUGAUCUCGGUGCACAGUAGAUGGUUGGGCACAAGAAGGAAGUAGGUGCAAGAUAGAUGGUCAGGGAAGUGGCUUCAGCAUGUCAGCUCGUGGCCUUGUUGAUCUGGAGGAUGUAUGGUUGAUGAAACCUAGGUAUCUCAAACACUUGGGCCUAAUGUGGAGGAAUGCAUAUUGUAAAGAUAGACAUAACUCGUUCUUAGUGGGAGGAACUUGUUUGGUAUUGUGAAGAUUGUGCUUCUAUUAUAUGAUUUCAUAGGUUAUAUAGUUGUUUGAUUUUUAUGAGACGAUAGGACACAUUUUUAAUCAGAUACGGUUGGAAUUAUGCUAAUUUUUGGAUGGCAUAAUGAAAGAGGAGCAGCGAUUCGUCAGCUUCCAGAGGAGGGGCCUCAUUCUCCACGCCUUACAAUUUAUUGUCAGAACAAGAAUUCUAUCAAACGUUGAUGAAGGAACUCGGUUCUUCAUGAGAUCAUGAUCUAUUGGUCAUCGAAGAUGGGUGAAAAUUUCUAUACUGUGUCAUCAAAAUCAUAGCCAACUCAAUAUCAACUGAAUUGAGCAUUCUUUUUGUUGAAUAGAUGAUAAAUGGUAAUAUUUUGGCAUCUCUUGGCAGAUAUUGAUACUUGUAUCAGACUGAUUGGACUUAUUAUUCUGUGCCUGUAGCAAAUGUCUUUACUCAUGUGGUGGCAUCCUGUAUGGCAAGGGUGUAAAUUUUCUUAUGUAUUUUACAGUUGCAUUCUUAUUGGUUUUAUUUGACUUUCUACUGUAGGUAUGCACAAUAUAUCGUUUUAGUUUAAUUAACUGAUAAAUUUGCCUGUUGUUUCAGGGAAAAUAUGAGCAACAGUACGAGCAAUCAGAAGAAUUCCUGCUCUUGUUAAAACAGAAAGUUCGUGAGCUAUUAACAGAUCAAGAAUGGCGUCGGAGAAAAAUGCAAAUGAGGGUGACAUAACAUACAACUUGAUUGUCUAUUGGAUAAUAAUUAAUAGUUUUUAUUUAUGUGCACAUUUCAUUGUUCGAUCCGCAGAUUUCAGAGGAAGAAGGAAGAUUAAAGAAGGACGAAGAAGAAACCAAGGAAAUGUGGAAAAGAAAGCGUGAGCAUGAGGAGCAAUGGGAAGGAACCAGAGAGGAACGGGUUUGUUCAGUUUCAUCUUAUUCCACUCUACGCUUCACAACUUUGUAGAUCUUUCUCUAAAUCAGAAAUAUUUACCGUGCUGCUUUCUAUCAUAUUAUAUAUUGAUUAUUAUGUAAAUGUGCUUAAUAUUCAUAUCUGGGUAAUAUUUAAAUUUUAUUUUUAGACAUGUGAAAAUUAUGUUAACAUAAUUUUACGUUGUUACGUUGGCCCCUCAGAAGAAGGCAUGGAAGAAGCUGACCCAGUACUCUAAUCUUCACUUCUGUUGUCGAAAUCUCUCCCCCUAAUCGAAACUCUCUGUGGUAGAUGUGUUUAUAGUGGGCUUGAUUCUGACAUUGGAGAUAUUUGACGGAAAUAAUUUUUGCAAUCUGGCAAGUUGUUAAACCUGUGUCCCUUUGCUAACUAACCCCUUGCUUUAUAACAUAAUUGAUGUAUUAAGAAAAAACCCGAAACAGCCAUACUGGAUGAUUUCUUUUCCUCGUUAUCAGUUAAUUUCUGAUUUGCGUAUCUCAUCAGGGUACUCUCCGAAUAGAAAGCUUUUGACGCCCAGAUAUUCAGUUUUUUCCAAUCAAGAUCUUGCUAACAUAAACUAGAAGCUCAAGUUUGGCGCAUACCCUUCAAUCCGCGGUGGUUGUAUGCAUAAAUCCUUCUGUGUGCCGGAUACAUGAGAUAUUUAGUGAGAAAAACUCUCCUUGUUUGAAAGCAUUCAAUGAAAAAUCGAUAAGCUCAGAAAUUCUUCUUUUGACCUGUUCCUCACCAUAGUUCCCUAUAGUUUCAAGGUACUUCUUCAAUGAGGACUCAGAGUAUACGGAUGGCAUAUUGUUGACCACCCAUCAUAUACCCUGAUCCUUGUCCAUUUGUUCAGAGUUUGUCUGAGCUCUGCUCUGCUCUGUGUAUGUUGGAUUCCAGUCAACCAUUAUUGAACCUUUUUCGAGGAGGAAACAUACUUCCCUAUAGUGAACUUAGAUUGUGAGCUACGUUCCAUUUAUCAAAUUAGGUAACGAUAUAACUCGAUCAGAUAGAUUCUCUGGUAUAAUUUUGAGCGUGCAAAGAUCUGCAAUUUUUUCUUCACACACAAGAUUCUUUAGUUUUUACUCGCACAUAAACUUUGAACAGUGCCUUCUUAGAGUUUUUUUCCUUCUAAAAGCGACCGAUUUCCUUGAGACAAAUAUUCUGAAAUUAUUUAUUAUUUUGAUCUGUAUCUGGAAAUCGAAAUGCCAGAUCCUGAUGUUUGCAUCCCUAUAAUUUUCUUAGGUUUCUAGCUGGAGGGAUUUCAUGAAGGCAGGCAAGAAGGUGAUUACUCUUGCAGAAAGCUUAUUUACAGGGUUCUUAAAAAAAAAAGAAGAAAAAAAAAAGAAGGCUGACCCAGGAUUUGGUUCUUCUUCACUCAGGGUAAGAAGGGGGAGAUUCGACCACCAAAGCUGAAGACAGAAGAUCCAAACAAGUCCUACGUUCAGAGACCAGUCAAAAGGGGCUAA